GGUGGGAAAACGUAUUAACUAAGAAAGGCUUGGUGAGGAUUGAGACUGGUUCCUGUGACCCCUAUGUGAGUGCAUUGAGUAGGAGCAAGCCCUUGGGAGGAGCAGAACACUACAAAGCCAGAAACACAGUGAGUGAGAGCUUCUGUGAGAGAGAGAGAGAGAGAGAGAGAGAGAGAGAGAGAGAGAGAGAGAGAGAGAGAGAGAGAGAGAGAGAGAGAGAGAGAGAGAGAGAGAGAGAGAGAGAGAGAGAGAGAGAGAGAGAGAGAGAGAGAGAGAGAGAGAGAGAGAAAACGUGAGCUGUACCCAGUCAGAGACAUGCAUCCCCUCAGCUGGAUCGGUGUACUUCUCUUCCUGUUCUACGCUUCCUCUGGGAGUGCCGACGUCAACAGGCACCGCAGACAAGUCCCCACCGGUGGCCAACCAGGUGUGUGUGGCUAUGGCAGGAGACUGGCGUGUUGCUAUGGCUGGAGAAAGAACAGCAAGGGACAGUGUGAAGCUCAGUGUGAACAUGGUUGCAAGCACGGAGAGUGUGCUGGCCCCAACAAAUGCAAGUGUUACCCAGGAUACACCGGAAAGAUGUGCAAUCAAGACCUGAAUGAGUGUGGCCUGAAGCCCCGCCCCUGUGAGCAUCGUUGUAUGAACACCUACGGCAGCUACAUGUGUUACUGCCUCAACGGAUACACCCUGAUGCCGGAUGGCUCCUGUACCAACUCCAGGACGUGUUCCCUGGCACACUGUCAAUAUGGCUGUGAGGAUGUACAGGGGGAGAUCCGUUGUCUCUGCCCGUCUGCGGGGCUGCAGCUAGGGCCAGACCAGAGGACCUGUGUGGAUAUUGAUGAAUGUGUAACAGGGAAGAAUCUGUGCCCAUACAACAGGCAGUGUGUCAACACGUUUGGCAGCUACUACUGCAAGUGUCAGAAUGGCUACGACCUGAAGUAUGUCAAUGGCAAAUAUGACUGUGUAGACAAUGACGAGUGUGCCGUCAACACACACAAGUGCAGCCACCGUGCAGUCUGUCUGAACACUCAGGGAUCCUACAAGUGCAAGUGCAAGCAAGGCUUUCGUGGCAGUGGUUUUGAAUGCUCUGUCAACCCCUUUUAUCAAAGCUCGUGGGACCAGGGAGACAAAGGCAGUGCAGAUGAUAAUUUCCUAAAUGCUAUCCCAGAGUCCCCAGUGAGGCUGCCAGGGAAGCUGGAGAAAGAGCAGAUCAAGAACGUCAUCCCCGAGCCCAAGGUGACCGUCCCCCCUCAGAUCCGCUUGCAGCCCUUCGACUAUGACGGGGAGACCUAUAUGGGUGGCCCAGAGGAGGUGGGCCAGGUGGGCUUUACUGAUGUAGGGGAGGAGGAAGAAGAGGAAGAUGAGGAGGAGACAGAUGUGGACAACAAGCUUAAUUCAAGAGGAGAUGUUUUCAUUUCAGAGGACUUUGAGUCAGUAUUUGGUCCUGCAACGGAUGUCAAAGAGAUCGAAAUAGCUCCAGGACAGGAAGAGUUCUUCAUGGACUGCAAGUUCGAUCAGGGCGUGUGUGAGUGGGUGCAAGACAAGGACGAUAGCUUUGACUGGAGCGUGUCCUACCAUGAAAACGGUAUGGAGUACUACAUGGCGAUGAGUGGUCUUCUGGGAGAGAAGCAGGACCAGGCCAGGCUAAAGCUGCUCCUCAGUGACCGGGCCCAGCAGGGAGGCUUCUGCCUCACCUUCAACUACCGCGUGAUGGGCAGCCAGGUGGGCACGCUGCGGGUGCUGUUGAACAAUAGCACCGAACUUGUGUGGGAGCGGAGCCGCAGCCGGGGUCAGGAUUGGCAGACAGAACUGCUCACUGUGGCCUGGAAGAACCAGGCUCCAGAAUCUAUCAUCUUUGAAGCUGAACGUGGGAAUGGAGUUGGGGGAGAGAUUGGGCUGGACAACGUGGUGCUGACGUCAGGCUACUGUCAAGAGGAAGACACGGCCAUCUUUUAAACUGUGAACCUGUAGAAAUCAGUCCACUGUGUUUGACACAGACCUCAGAGGCAGAGCUAGCAUCAGUCUCUCCCUUUAGUCUACUCUUUUUGGAGAGCAGACACAUCUUCCUAAUCCCAAACUAAGGGUGUAUUUUUUUUUGCUGUACUGUACAACAAAUAUUAAGAAAAAUGUGUAUUUGCAGAAUGUUUGGCAGUUCAGCCGUCCACAUAGGAAAGCGUUUGAGCAUUAUUGGUAUGUGCAGGGAUUUCAUCUGCAAGUUUACAACCUUUUCCUUUCAUUUGAGCCACCAAGACAAAGAGUCGUGUCCACACAUAAAUGAUUCACUACAUACACUUCAGUUUUUCAAUAAUGUUCACAAAUGUUUUUAAAUAUAUUCAAUUAUUUUCACAUAAAUGGCAGGAUACGGGAGGCUUAUCUACAAAAAAAAAUAUUCUAUUGUGUUGCUUCUUUUUCUAAGUGAAAUAUUGCAGUUAACUGCAAUAUAUAAAAAUAAGAUAGACUAUGACUUGUUACAUGAAACCUAAAUAUUAAUAUUAGAUUCAUCAAGAAGUCUUCCCUUGAAGCCUACACGUUUUAUAAUCAUAGUAUGUGUAUGUAACAAAGCAUAACUGCUGUAAAUUGUGCUUUUAUAUUGUAUUACAUUAAAAAAAGUUUUUA